AUGAAGGUGAAAUUAGAUAAAGCUUAUGUUCAGUGUGGGAGUUACCAAGAAUACAGGUGUAAAGUUAUGGACGUGAGUUAUAGGCCCACCCGCCUAACAUACGAACAUAUCUACAACACCACGAAGUACGCACAAAUCCGCCCCACCAGGCCUAUAUACGAACAAAACAAACAAAAGUCCUACGUAAGAACCAAGAAUCUUCUAGUGGGCUUCGCGCAUGACCCCUUCAGGUACUCCGUGCCUGAGGCAGAUUAUCGAAGAGGUGUCAGGGUAAUAGAACCACAACAGCACACGAAUAGAACUGACCGAGGCAAGCGUGGUGUUUCUCAUCUUUAUAACAUGUUGACUUGUACUACUGGCUGCAACCCGAUUGACUAUAAGGGCUACGGCUGCUACUGCGGCUUGGGUGGUUCUGGACGACCUGCUGAUGGGAUUGACAACUGUUGCAGACUACACGAUCAAUGCUAUGAAAAUAUACACUGUCCAUUUUACACAGUAUACUUCCAGCCCUACUACUGGACCUGUUUCAACAACGAGCCGCUCUGCGCUCUUGAAAACUUCCAGAAUACCUAUAUAAACGGAUGUGCUGGACGGUUAUGUGAGUGCGAUAGACGAUUCGCGAUGUGCGUUAGGAAGUACAGCUGUCCAGUUGGGAGACCGCUGUGCAGGUCUUCACCGUUUCGUCUGCUGCAGAAUAUUCUUAUCGUGUCUUAG